AUGUGGCUGGCAUUGUGGGCUUUGUUGCAGCAGGGCGAGGUACUCGCCCAAUAUUUCGGUUAUCCAGGAUAUGGUACAGGUUACGGCACGGGAUAUGGUGGCGCCGGAUACGGAAGCUCUGGAUACGGAGGCCUUUACGGAAACAGCAUUUAUGGAUACCCUAGUAUGGGAUAUCCUUAUUAUUCAUAUCCCAGCUAUAACUACAACUAUAAUCCAUACACAUUUUACGGAGGCUAUGGCCAAAGCUAUCCCGGGUUCGGUUACCCCUACGGCAACGGAAUGAAUACCGCAUACGCAAGCAGCAGUGGUGGAUUUGCCAGCGCAAGUGCGGGAAGUGGUGGAGGGUUUUACGGCUAG